AUGAGCACUCCGGUCAGCGAGUCUCCGUACGUGCACCAGCGGUUCGACGCUGCUCUCAGCGCCGCCUCGGCCCUCCAGGAGCUCUCAGCUGAAGACAUUCAGAGCUCACGACUCAGCCAUGCUCACUUCGUCCAAACUGCGACAGGAGUUCGACGAAUUGCCAAACAUCUCGGCAAGGCCUCCGUCCACAUCGAUGUGACUAAGGUCAUGAUCAUCACCAAGGCCCGAGACAACUCGCUUGUCUACCUGACCCGAGAUAUGGCCCGGUGGUUGAUGGACCGAGGAGUGGUGGUCUAUGUGGAUGCCAAACUCGAGAAGAGUGGCCGCUUCGACGCUCCUACACUGACUGCAAACACCCCAGCACGUAUGCUCAGAUACUGGACUGCCGAAAUGGCGACCCAGAAGCCCGAGCUCUUUGAUCUAGUCAUUACCCUGGGAGGAGACGGGACGGUUCUGUGGGCCUCGUGGCUUUUUCAAGGCACCGCUCCCCCCGUUAUUCCCUUUGCGCUGGGUUCGCUCGGCUUCCUGACCAAUUUUGAAUACCAUGACUUUGGCAAGCAUCUUACAAAGGCCAUGACUCAGGGAGUACAUGUGCAUCUGAGAAUGCGAUUCACAUGCACCGUGUUCAAGCGGGAAAUGAACCCGGAAACCGGAAAGAGAGAUAAGCAUCACUCCAAGAUUGGCCGACACGAAGUUCUCAACGAAAUUGUCGUCGAUAGAGGUCCUUCACCAUUCAUCUCAAUGCUGGAGCUCUAUGGGGAUGAUAACCUGUUGACCAUCGUACAGGCUGAUGGCCUCAUUCUAUCGACUCCCACAGGAUCCACGGCAUACUCUUUGUCAGCAGGAGGCUCUCUGGUUCACCCUGAGAUUCCAGCCAUCUGUGUGACUCCAAUUUGUCCCCAUACCCUGUCCUUCAGACCCAUGCUUCUGCCUGAUUCAAUGACACUCAAGGUGGUUGUUCCUCGAAAGAACUCACGGACUUCAGCAUGGGUCUCAUUUGAUGGCAGAUCACGUGUGGAGCUCAAGUCGGGCGACUACAUCACAGUGCGAGCUUCAAAGUUUCCAUUCCCCACCGUGAUCCGAUCAGACAUGGACUACAUUGAGUCUGUGAGUCGAACACUCAAGUGGAACACCCGAGAACUCCAGAAGCCUCUGACGUCACUUUCCAGACCUGCAUCGACCGUUUCUGUCAACAGAAGCGCCUCUCUCCAUGCCUCUUCGUCAGUGCCAAGUGGAGCAGGGUACAGCCGUCUGAGAAGUAGAUCGAUGAAGGGCACCCCAGGAGUCAUGACUCCCAUCAGUCAGCUUACUGCAGCACUGCCAACCAUCCAGCAGAGCACUCCUUCCGUUCCCAACACAACUAAUAGUAACACACCUACAAGCACGGGUACUGCCAACUCCAACAUCAACAACAAUUACAACCCAACCACAAACCCAACCACAAACACGAACACAAACCCGACGACGACCACUACACAGAAACCCUACAAUCUCAGAGACAACCAGCCCAGCAGAAGCAACAGCAGAGAUAACGGAACUGCUUCUCUUCCUCAAAGUUUCAGCACAAGUUAUAUGCCCAACACAAUGCCCAGCGGAAUGACUAGCACUAACUCUGCCACUCCCCAGCAGUACUCGGCAGCCUCUACUACAUGUCUCAACUCACCCCCUGUUACCCGAGGCUUCACACCCAUUCAGCAGCAGUCGCCGGCUCAGAUCCAGGCGUUUGAGAGUAUGAUUGACUUUGAUAUCGACGACGAAGGCACCUCCACCUUUGCCGACUGCUCUCGAAGAGGAGGACUGGUCAUGUCCCCGACAUCUGUCUUCUCUCCCACCGGCUCCAACGACGGCAUGCUGACCUUGGACGAUCUGGGUAAGCAGGUGUCGGACUCGGACUCGGACUCGUACCACUCUUCGGAGUACGAGGAAGAGGAGUAUGAUAUUGACAUUGACCUUGCCCACAAGACGGAGAAUUUGCAUGUGCUGGACAAGGACGAAGAUAGGAACAACGAGCAGGAGGACACGAAGUAA